UAUUGGCUUUGCUGGUAGCUGGAGCUACCUUUUGUCGCAGCCAUGCGACAGCUGAAGCAUCACGAGCAGAGGUUGUUGAAGAAGGUCAACUUCUAUGACUGGAAAUCUACAAAAAAUGUCAGGGAGUCGCAGAUCUUGCGUCGAUACCAGAUCGAAGAUCGAGAGGACUAUACAAAGUAUCAGAAAGUUGCCAAGCUGAUCAUGAUGCUGUGUGCACGGCUUCGGAAACUUAAGUCCUCCGACGAAGACAGAAUAAAGAUGACCGAGAUUUUGCUGGACAAGCUGUACAGUCUCGGUCUGAUCAACAACAAUCAGAGCUUAGAGGACUGUCACGAGAUCCCAGCCUCCACAUUUUGCAGACGGAGACUUGCAGUGGUUAUUGUGAGAAUGAAGUUUGCUGAUGGGCUGAGCAAGGCCAUAAGCUACAUCAAGCAGGGAGAGAUCCGGAUUGGCCCUGAUGUGGUGACAAACCCUGCUCUGCACAUCACCCGUGAUAUGGAGGAUCACAUCACUUGGGCAGAAGGUUCCAAGAUGAGACGGCACAUCAAGGAGUUUGCCAACGAGGAAACGCAAGUGCCGCAGCUGCUGCUUCUUUUGCUUCUUCAGUUGAAUCGCGUUGUCAUUUUCUUCACCAAUCCGCCAGGCAGACGACUUUGAGCUGCUUGGAAACUGAGUGUUUUUGGAGCAGUUUCACCCGGAAAGUUGCAAACAGAGAAAACAGAGAACGUGGUGACAUUUGC